AUGGCGGUGGUUCUGGAGGCAGGCCGAGGCCCAGGCGAGGGCGGCGUCCGCGCGGCCGCAGGGGUCCGGCCCGAGCCCGUCGGCCGCUCGCUCGCGCCUUUUCUCUCCGCGCUCCCGCCGCCGCCGCCGCCGCCUUCCCGCCCGCGGCCCGCGCUCGCCCCCCGCCGCCCCGACGCCGCCGCCGCCGCCGCCGCCGCCACUGGAACCAGCGCCGCGGCCCGGGGCUCCCACAAUGCCGCGCGCGCCGUCACGCCCGGGACCCCGACCCCGGGAACCCCGGCACCGGCCGGGACCCCGGCAAGGCCCGGGACCCCCGACCCCGGGAACCCCGGCAAGGCCCGGGACCCCCGACACCAGCCGGGACCCCCGACACCAGCCGGGACCCCGACACCAGCCGGGACCCCGACACCAGCCGGGACCCCGACCGCACCCCGACACCGGCCCGGGACCCCGACACCGGCCCGGGACCCCGACCGCACCCCGACACCGGCCCGGGACCCCGACACCGGCCCGGGACCCCGACAAGGCCCGGGACCCCGACAAGGCCCGGGACCCCGACACCAGCCGGGACCCCGACAAGGCCCGGGACCCCGACACCGGCCCGGGACCCCGACCGCACCCCGACACCGGCCCGGGACCCCGACCGCACCCCGACACCGGCCCGGGAACCCCGACAAGGCCCGGGACCCCGACCGCACCCGACACCGGCCCGGGACCCCGACACCGGCCCGGGACCCCGACAAGGCCCGGGACCCCGACAAGGCCCGGGAUCCCGACCGCACCCCGACACCGGCCCGGGACCCCGACCGCACCCCGACACCGGCCCGGGACCCCGACCGCACCCCGACACCGGCCCGGGACCCCGACCGCACCCCGACACCGGCCCGGGACCCCGACCGCACCCCGACACCGGCCCGGGACCCCGACCGCACCCCGACACCGGCCCGGGACCCCGACCGCACCUCGACAAGGCCCGGGACCCCGACCGCACCCCGACACCAGCCCGGGACCCCGACCGCACCCCGACACCGGCCCGGGACCCCAAGGCCCGGGACCCCGACAAGGCCCGGGACCCCGACCGCACCCCGACACCGGCCCGGGACCCCGACAAGGCCCGGGACCCCCGACAAGGCCCGGGACCCCGACCGCACCCCGACAAGGCCCGGGACCCCGACCGCACCCCGACAAGGCCCGGGACCCAGACCGCACCCCGACAAGGCCCUGGACCCCGACCGCGCCCCGACGCCGGCUCAGACCCCGACACCCACCCAGGCUGCACCCCGACGCGGACCCCGACCCCGACUGCACCCCGACCUAGACCCCACGCCAGCUGAACCCCGACGUAGACCCGGACCCCGACCCCGACUGCACGCUGCCGUCGACCCGGACCCCGACCUCGAGCCGAACCCCGAUGCAGACUCGCGCUGCACCCAACCUGUACCCCGACCUAGACCCAGACUCAGACCUCGACUGCGGACGGACGGCCAGCCUCCACCCAAACCCCGACAUCGACCAGGACCCCGACUGCACCCCAACCCUCGCGGGCGCGCCCCAAGACUAACUUCAUCAGCACGAGGGGGGCUCCCGCCCCUCAUCAGAGCAAACUUCAGUGUGCCCCCCACAUCCCCCACCGGCAUCUUCAGACUCCAGCCCUCCGCAGGCCCGGGGUCUGCCCAAGGCCCACCCCUGCACCCCUGCACCCCUGCACCCCUGCCUUAG